AUUAAAACUAACCUAAAAAUAAAUUGUUUGGUACAUAAACGAUUUUCAUUUAAGUUAACAAAGAAAAUGGCAGACGAAUUGGAAAAUAUUCCCUCGAUAGCUGUUAAAGAACCUUUGGAUUUAGUUAGGUUAAGUUUGGAUGAGAGGAUCUACGUUAAAAUGAGGAACGAUAGAGAAAUAAGAGGGCGACUUCACGCUUACGAUCAACACAUGAAUAUGAUUUUAAGUGAUGCCGAAGAGACUAUAACCACUGUAGAAAUCGAUGAAGAAACCUAUGAGGAGGUUUACAGGACCACAAAAAGAAAUAUUCAAAUGUUAUUUGUUAGAGGGGAUGGGGUGAUUUUAGUUUCACCCCCAAUGAGAACCUCUUAACUAAACAAUUAAUUAAAAAAAAAGUAUUUUUAAGCAUAAAUACUAGCUAUAAUUUAACAUUUUCCAAUCUUUUAAGUUGUUUUUAUCAAUAAACCAAGUUAAAAUUCA